GACUCUACUGUGUUCAACUGUCAUUUUAAAAUGUGCUACAUCCAUUCGUCUGACGUCUGACGUCCGCCAAUAUUGUCAAAAUGUCAGCGAGCAUUUUGUUUACAUUUUCGACACAACAACAAUCUACUCUCGAUUUGGAAACGUAGUUCAUGGAUAGAACAUUUUAACGUUUCUUUAUUAGUCUCUAAGUUUCAUUAUGCUCACCACCUGAUUUGAAGUGACCCUAUCGGACAUGGAUUUACAACAAACACAAACUGUGAUACGUGCUUGAUUCGUGAUAGAGAUGUACGGCCAACCACAACUAAUACCUGGUGUCGUUCGUAAAGCGGCUGUUACUUUGCCGACGGCUCCUUCUUCCUGCGAUGUAAACAAAACUAAAACAUGGAAUCCGGAAAAAGGCAUCAUUCCCGGUUCCAUAAGACCAGUAGCCUGCAGUACAUCUUUUACUCAAAAUUCAUCGAAUAUUGUACCUGUACCCAGUACCGAUACAACGGCUUGUCCCGAUAGGAUUACCAACCAAGCCGUGGAAGAAAUUCUUCGCGAAACGAGGUUAGGAAAGGUGCGUGCUGAAGAAUAUGGGUCCACCGCUUGGCGUCCUUGUCCUUUGCGGAAAACAAACAAACGGUUUCUCAACCGCACGCUUGUAUCGAUGGUUAACCACAAUGAUCGUGUAAAGCAGAAAACCACACAUCGUUCUCGUCUUAAGCUAAGUGAAUUGGUACGGAAAGGAAGCGGGGACGAGCGGAACAAUCAUGCAAGUAGCUCAGCUAAGUCCAAGAGUCGCGGUAAGAGCAAAGACGCAGAAACAUAUUUGGCUGUAAUUAAUCUGAUCGACGAUAGUGACUGAUCGAGGAGUAAUAUGCUGAUGAAAUGCUGUUCGUUUUCAUUGUACUACUCGAAUUACGUCCAUUUGAAUUAAACAUUAAACUACGAUCGUUUGUAGAUCAAGACUGGUCCAUCGAUUAUUGUAUACAACAGACCACAAAUCGAGACUCAUAUCAUGUGUUUAAAGGCUGAAGAAUGAAAAUCUCCUUGGAUAUUUCUUUGCAAGCUAUUUGACAACCGAUACUAUCUAGUGUUGGUUGAAUGUACAAUGUCUUUUCCUAAUGUCCUGCUCAAAAUGUCUUUUGAAAAAGAAAAUAUAAAAAAUGGCAGCCAUUGUUAGUAAGAGGUGCUGAUUCGGUAUUCUUUUUAUCGUUAUUUGGGAUGUACAACCAUUGUCAGUCAUCGUUUUGUCAUGUUUCUGUCGGAUGUAUGUAUAUCUGUGAAUUAUUCGAUUUAAUUUUAAUUACUUUAUACAAACUGUUCAAACUGCCAACGAAUGCAUAAUGUUUAGGAAGGAAAAUUACAAAAUCAUUUCAAUGCAGUAAACUCACUAAGAAUAAAACAAAUAAGUUCGUAAUGUGGGAAGAUAGUUGUUUCGAAAAUAAUUCCGAAUACAGUAUGGUAUUGAAGGUCCGUCCCACCGUAGCAAGGACUAACAAUCCCGCUGCGAGGUAAAAAUAAGUCUAGUAAGACAGAUGUGGCCGCCAUGAUCUGUAAUUCCUUACCUUUUUUAUUAAAAUAAAUAUGCGGAUAGAUUCGUCAAAUCAAACAAUAUUUACCGAUGAAAAGAAAUAUAAUUCGUUCAGAACGAUAAUUGACCACUGGAUGCUAAAAUCCCUCGAACCCUUAAUUUCUUCAUACAUUUUACUGUUACACUGGACAACAUCUUCCAUGUUCAGUGUGCGGAACGCAUUAAGACAUGCGUAAAUUCAAGGGACAUACAAACGCACACAAAUUCCAUCAUCUUCCACGGAAGCAAAGAGAAUGAAGUUAAGAAGCCGAGCUGAGCCAAAGUUUAAAGGUGGGAAACAAAUCCGUGAACCGUGAAAAAACACAUUCACCAACAUCCCUUUAAACUCCGGUCGUGGACAUGCAACGCAGCCAGUGGCUGAACGGAUGAAAUGGGCAGCAUUUAUUGUUUGAAUAAAUGAUGAUUGAAGGGCUUUAAUGAGGAGACGAUCGACGAAAGUUAAAUCGUAUUGCUAGCAGCAUGUGUGUUAUCAUCGUCAAAGGCAUUCAAGGGUUAAAGGAAAAAAAUUGCAAUAGUAAAUUAAUUACAUGUAUAGUUUUUGCUUUAACUUACAUGUCUUGAGGCAUUAAAAAAAAUGAAUCACAAACAUCAAACAAACCUCCGUAUGCAGAAAAUUCGGUGGGAAAAUCAAAGAUUUUUAAGAGUUCUUCCGCAGGGUGUGAGAUUUUAUCAUCAUUCUUUCCCACCCGUCCGACGGAGCAUUGGUUUUCUGUUGCACUUUUUCCCCGCCGGACUCACUGCCCAAGGUGGGUCGCUUUUAUUCACCCUCAAGACACAUUGCUUCCGACAAUUUUCUUCAUUUCCCACCCGAUAAGAGACCAAACGGAAGAGAAUGGUAGCGAAACCUAAUCACGCUCACCAUGCCGGGUCACACCUUAGGAAGCCGUUCAGGAAGCAAAAAAGCACAGGAAUGGGCUUCAGCCCCAACAAAACAAUCCGCCCGACCGCGCGUGUCUUCUCAGGUGUAACGCUUAUCGCAUGAGAAAAUCACUGCCUCGCAUCAAGACUUUGCGCCCGGAACGCCCGGUAAGAAAGAAAGUCAAGUGAAGGGAAGAAGGGAACAAAAACGAAAGAAGAAAAAAUGAUUCAACCUCAUCAUAUCUAUUUAGGUGCCGUUUUCUUAAGAUGGGUUCCGUCUGCACAAGACAUGCACCCGGAUCCGGAGGAAGCAAAAAAAAAAAAGAAAAGAAAAACAAAAAAGCCAGCGUGAGAAAAACGCACUCAAUCGUGCAAUUUUUGGGGGCCAGGGAAUGCAAAGUUGGUUUUGUGUGAUUUGUGUGCAGAAUAUAUAAAAAGGUUUUAAAGUAGAUUGACUGACUUGGCUGACUGAUAUCCAUUUCGAGCAUUCCUUAAGGUAAAUUUCAAACAAACAAAAAUAUUGGAU